AUGUUUAUCCCUGAAGACCAAAUAUGGAUGGUCGUUGUCGGUUUCAUAAUAGCAUUUGUUCUUGCUUUUGGAAUUGGUGCAAAUGAUGUGGCGAAUUCUUUCGGAACUAGUGUUGGAGCCAAAGUGUUAACACUAAAACAAGCUUGUAUUCUUGCUACAAUCUGUGAAUUAAGUGGCUCUGUUCUUUUAGGUGCUAAAGUUUCCAGUACCUUACGCAAAGGUAUUGUUAGUGUCGAACGUUUUCAGACUAUUGACAGCGGACAUGUUAUCUUGAUGGCUGGACAGGUGGCUGCUCUUGGCGGUUCUUGCAUAUGGCUAUUGGUCGCUACAUUCUUCCGUCUUCCAGUCUCUGGCACACAUAGCAUUGUUGGUGCAACAAUGGGUUUUAGUCUUGUUAUUUUUGGACUCAAUGCUAUUCAAUGGAAAGGAAUGCUUAAAAUUGUUGGAUCAUGGUUUCUCUCACCUGUUCUAAGUGGUUUGGCAUCUACCGGAGUAUUUUUCCUAAUGCGUGUUCUGGUGCUCAGUAAAGAAGAUUCUCUGGAACCUGCACUUCGACUGAUUCCAGGCUUUUUCGGUACAGUAGUACUGGUCAAUAGUUUUUCAAUAUUUUAUGAAGGACCUCCAAUGCUGAAAUUCGAUAAAAUACCUCUUUAUGGAGUAUUUAUACUUAGUUGUGGCUUAGGUAUUAUCACUGUUCUACUUGUAAAGUUUAUAUGGGUACCUAUUGUUCGUCGACACAUUUUAAAAUUCGAUGUUAAACCAAGUAAUCCAGAUGAAAUGGGUCGUAAUAGUAAUCAGUUAAACAUGACAUUAGGCUAUUCAUCAAAUGAUCAAAACGCCAUCGGGGAUGGUAGUCAUAAUUUGACCAACGGAAAAUUUAUUGUAUCAUCCCCUCCCAACCUGUCUACAAUUGGCGAAGAACCAGAUCAUAGCGAUUUAAUUAAAGAUCGUCCAGCCGAAGCUCAAGUAUUUUCAUCUUUGCAAAUUAUAACAGCUGUUUUUGGAUCAUUUGCUCAUGGUGGCAACGAUGUAAGUAAUGCUAUCGGGCCAUUGAUUGGUUUAUGGCUUAUUGCCACAACACAGUUGGUUGAUUCAUCUAAAACUACAGAUUUAUGGAUUUUAGUUUAUGGUGGUGUCGGUAUAUCAGUCGGUCUUUGGAUAUGGGGUAGACGAGUUAUUCAGACACUGGGAGAAGAUCUAUCGCAAAUGACACCAUCCAGUGGUGUUUCCAUUGAAAUCGGUUCAGCGCUAACUGUGCUGAUUGCUAGUAAAAUUGGUCUGCCAAUAUCAACUACACAUUGUAAAGUUGGUUCUGUUGUAUUUGUUGGACGUGCACGAUCUAAAGAUAAUGUUAAUUGGGGCAUAUUUCGUAAUAUUCUACUUGCAUGGUUAGUAACUUUACCGGCUGCUGGUGCUAUCUCUGCUUUACUUAUGUACAUAUUUACAUUUAUUGUAUAAAUUGUCUUUGUUUUUUUUUUUUUUAAAAAAAAAAGAAUUGUGUUAUUCUAAUCAUUGUUUUAUGAUCAGAAAUUUUGUUUUUAUAAAUUAGAUUUAAAAUAAAACAAAACGAAACAAACAAACAAACAGAAUGCACUAAAUCUCACCAAUCAAUAAUGCAACCUAUUGUGCUGAUUUUCUCAGUCUUUUUAUAAUAUGGACUGAUGAAUUGUUGUUUCAUUUAUUCACUGGAUUUUUAUUGAUUUUCUUUUCUCGACCAACACAUCCGUUUGUAAACUACAUUGCAAAAAUACACAGAAUAGAGCAAAAUAUGUUAUACAUUAUUAUUGUUAUUAUGAACUGAUCUCGUUUAUUAUCAUUAUUAUUAUUGUUUUUUUUUUGUGUGGUGUUAGUUUGAUCAAUGUGGCGAUGAUCUGUAAUAAAUGAGAUUACUUUCAUUCUACAUCACCAUCUUCAUUACAUUUAACCUCUGUGUGACCUGAAACAUUUUGUUUACCAGUGUUAACAUUGUACACACUUCACUCAUACGCAUACACAUAUAUAUACAUAUAUACAUAUACAAACAGAGAUGAGGAAUAGUUAAAAAACAGAUUUGUAACAACACAUUUUUUGUUAUUGUAACAUCAAACAUGUUAUUUGUAAUUUUGUUUUUAAAAACUAUCAUUAGUGAGACAAUUUUAUUUUUCUAGUUACUACCCCAUUGAUAAAUUGUUUGUUCAACGAAGAAAUUACUAUCUAUUGUCAAUUUGUUAUGUAACCUAAUUAAUCAAUUAUAAUCAAUUAAUU